GGUCGACAGGGGGCUCCCGGACCUCCCGGAAGAAUCGGUGAUCCUGGAUCCAAGGUGAGGAAGCCGUUAGAAUUGUGGAUGAUUGAAUUUAACAGACUUGGAAAAUAGUGGGAGUUCGGGAUUCUGAGAAAAAAAUGCCUUAGCAAGAAAUUGAGGAACAUUUUAAAGUUAUGAAAGGAAUUAUUGACAUUUGAGACAUGUAACGUAUUGAUAGUGCUGCUUGUGAUGUUACUCUGAGUGUAUAUCCCAAUAUCCACACCGGACAAGCUUGAAAAAUAUGCCUGGCCACGGUGGGAAUCGAACCUACGACCUUUGGAAUACCAGCCCAAUGCUCUGCCAACUGAGCUACGCGUAACAUCACAAGCAUCAUAUUCACCUGCGUUCAUUACAACAACACCGAAAAAAAAUCAUAUUAAUAGUGUGUUGUUUUAGUCAACUACAACUACAACUAAAAUCCUAUUUUAGUCAUGGCAAAAUAAUUUAGUCCACUAGUCAAAACUUAGUCUUGACUUAGUCAAACUAAACGAGAACCAAACUAAUUUUAGAGAUGAAUACUAGAACUAACCUCUGAGAACUGAACUAAACAAAAACUAAAUAGUUACAAUUCGAACAGUGACUGAUUACAUAUUUUAAUUAAAAACUCAUUAAUAAUUCAUGAAGAAAAUUCAGAAGAAAUGCAAAUGAAUGUUUAAUUAAGCCAUGUUUGUAAAUCGGAUACAGAUUUAUCCUGAUUUACACUAUAAACUUCAGCUUCGAUUUUCACGGCUAAAACUAACCACAUCGACAAAAUAGAUGGGAAACUUGAUUACUUAGUCUUAGAUGCUUUCGUAGUUUUGAGACUAAAUUGAAAUUACUGUUUUAAACUAGAACUAAACUAAUACUAAAUCAAAAAUUCUUCUUUCAAACUAGAACUAAACUAAAAAUAAAUUAGUGGUUUAAACUAAAACUAAACUAGAACUAAACUCAAAACACCGUACUAAAACAACAUGAUAACAUAUAUACAUAAUGAUUAAUGGCGCUUGUACGGUCAAAUUUUCCAUCGUUUUUACGCACUUUCGAGGAACUUUUGAAAAAGACAAAUUGAGGAUCCAAAGGCAAAGAACAUUUGAGCAUUUUUACCAGGUCUGGAAUUCAUUCGAGAAGGUUGUAUCCAGUACAGAUCACAAGGCAAGCGUCAUCUGCUACAACCCAAAAAACAUCCCACUAUAUUCUACUUGUUUAGGAACCCCUUCUAUGACAAAGGAAUAGUUGGUUUAGUUAUCUUCAGCAUACAGCUAUUUCAAUUAAGGUUGUCCCCCGAGCAUCAUUUAUUAGCGAUUCCCAGCAGCCUUUCGCGCUCGUAUUCGACUUUUCCGCUUUGCUCGGGGGACAACCUUAAUUGAAAUAGCUGUAUACAGGCUAGGGAAGCCAUCAUAGGUUACCCCAAAGAAAACUAUUUUUAAAAUCUUAUAUAUUUAUAGCAAUUCGUAUAUACAUUCUAAAUUAAUAUCUCCAAGAAUUUAGGAUGCAAUUUAAUUCCUAAUUGAAAUUAUAUAUGAUCAGUAACAUAAUAUCUUUUGUAAAUUUUACGCAAUGAAGUAGCAGGCUGCGAUGUAAAAUUUUAUUGAACUAUUUGUCUAUCCAACUCUAAGAUAACUCAGGAAGUAAACUACAAGACAGCAGCUGGAUAUGUGUUAAUGAAACUCUUUUUAAUGUUAUAAAGGGUGCAAGCGGUGUUCGUGGUGCUGUGGGAGUCAAAGGUCCCAAAGGUCCAAGUGUAAGUAUAUGGUUUAUAUUGUGUUAUUUGUUUUUUUUGCCAGUCUGUUUGAUUAUCUUGAGUUGAACAAUGUGAAUUCCCAAUCCACCUUGUCAACACUCCUCGCAGGGGCGUAGGCAGCCUUAAACAAGUUAGGGGGGGGGGUCUAAUUUUCGAACACACAGAACAACUAGGGGGUCCGGUCGUCCUUGGCCGAUAAUUUUUUAUUUUUAGAGUCUGCGAAAUGCUAUUUCAUGCAUUUUGACACGUUUUAUGAUAAUCUGAAAGGCACAGAUUUGGUAUAUGUUAUAUCGUAGAUGAAAGCAUUACGGGGUUACGCCCUUAGUUUCUCCUCAAUUUUGGAAGAACCGGAACCCCCAAUCCCUCCCCUCCCCCCCUGACUCCUCGGAUAAUACCCACUACUUUUGACACAUGAAUAUCUUGCGUCCACAUUCGUUGAUUUAAAAAGAAUCAGUUUAACUUACUCUUUUGCUGUCCUUGUGCAACUUCGAAUGAAUUGUACCUACAGUGUUAUCAUUACUCGUCAUUAUGUGAAACCAAUGGUAAAACAACUGUGGUAAAGCUAAAAUCGACGAGUAAAUGACGUAAGAUAUCGUGCUGAUGGUUUAAAUGAUAUUUUUCAUGACAAUACACUAGUGGAAGCCCUGUUUAUUGUAACAAAUAAAGUGGUUUUUGAUAAGGGAAUAACCGUUUUAUAUGCUUUGAUUUUAGGGCCAAAAAGGUGAACCCGGAUUACAAGGUCCAGUUGGACUUCGAGGCAACCAGGUAUAAGAUUACAGUUUUCUUGAAACUUGUUUUUGAAUCGGUUCGGAAAUUGUUUACAAGGUAUAGAGAUUUCCAGGGGAUUUUAAACGUCAAUUAGGCGGGCAUACACCAAAACGAUUUUAUCAUGUCAAUUUUUAAGUGUAUAUAUGAUUUAAAAAGUCUCGAACGGUCUAUGGGAGGUACAAGUACUAGAAAAAGAUGUUUGUGUGUUUCAGGUAGUUGUAUCUCCUCAGCUGCUGUUUAUGAGUAAAUCCAUUUACCAUGUCAAAUCCGAGUCGAUUCCGAACCCGAGUCACGUAAAAAAAGAUGAAAUUGAAUAAAAUUUACAAUCGAAUAGGGUUAGGAGUAGGGUUAGUGUUAGGAGUAGCGAGUUAAGGGACUAAGUCAUUGAACUACAAAGAUCGCUAAACAGUGACUCGGACAUUCGACUCGAACUCGGAUUUGACUCGGUUAACCGACAAACUCUGCUGUUUAUGAUUUAAAAAGCAUGUUCACAAAUCCCCCAAGCCUUUAUCUGUACUGUAAAUAAUUGCAUGUAAUGACACUCAGUAUCUAUUGACGGCCAUUGAAUAUCAAUAUCUAUUUAUACUUUAUCUUGCUCUGGCUAAAGCUGACCAUUUUACUUAUCAAAUGAAAGGUUCUUGGACUGAACAUGCUAGUUUGAAUGCCGCUCGAGAUAAUGAGUCAUUUUGUUACUAGACAAAAUGUCAAUGUCAGUACGAGACAAUGAGUCAUUUGGCUACUAACUCUUGACGAAGGGCCUUCGCUCGAAACGUCGAGUUUCUGCUCUUUUUUGAAGGUAGUAAUAUAACCACUCAGCACAGCAUUUUGUCAUUCACAUGUUUUAUUAUGCGUUUAAUAGGGAGAGGCAGGAUUGGACGGAGACCCAGGUGAUCCAGGUGAUCGGGUAUGUAAUUAAUCUAAAACUUUUACAUAAUUUAGGUCCCGUUUAUAUGAGAGCGGAUGUCAAACUUGGAUGAAAAUGGAAAUUUUCAGCAUGUUCACACGAGACCGGUUCUAAAAACACAAAUCUUUCAAUUUACUCCCCUUGCCCGCCAUUUUUUACAGUGAUUUUGUGAGCAUGCAUUCUUCCGAAACCAAAGAGUCUGAAAUGUUUGAUCUGUGUGUACAUUCAUCUCGGUCUGAAGACUGUCGGUUCUGUCGAGCAAGCGGGAUUUUCGUCCCAAUCUCAAUUCAAACAUCUAUAAUAAAUAAUACUCUGACCGAAAUGAAAUCUUCCCUGUUUGACUUCGUGCCAGUCUCAUGUAAACGGUUCUUAUAGAGUACCUCUGUACUAUUUUGAACAAAAAUAAUGAGUUCGAUUGUACUAUUAAUAAAAGCCGCCACCCUACUCAGUACCGGGCCAUAGUGUCCGCGUAUGAGAGGUCAUUAAUGAAUUAAUAUUGUACUGUGUGAAUCUUGACAAACUUUGAGUGAUAGCCUUGCCAGGGUCUUGUAGCAGGUUACACCAAUAGUACGGUAGUAUCAUAUACCAAUAGUACUGCGGAACUAUACAACCAAAGAAGAACCGUGUUACCACUAUUCAUAGGGGCUUGCGACCUAAUUAUGCUAAUAUAUUUAGUGACUGCGUGUCAUGGAAUUAUAACCAGAUUAACAUAACAGACGUUUGACCGGUACCCAACAAUGGCUCGACAAUAAUUGUUUUGUUUCGAUUCGCAGGGCGCCCAAGGUAGAGAUGGUGAGAAUGGUGAAGACGGUAAAUCUGGUGUUCCCGCGUAUGAGAGGUCAUUAAUGAAUUAAUAUUGUACUGUGUGAAUCUUGACAAACUUUGAGUGAUAGCCUUGCCAGGGUCUUGUAGCAGGUUACACCAAUAGUACGGUAGUAUCAUAUACCAAUAGUACUGCGGAACUAUACAACCAAAGAAGAACCGUGUUACCACUAUUCAUAGGGGCUUGCGACCUAAUUAUGCUAAUAUAUUUAGUGACUGCGUGUCAUGGAAUUAUAACCAGAUUAACAUAACAGACGUUUGACCGGUACCCAACAAUGGCUCGACAAUAAUUGUUUUGUUUCGAUUCGCAGGGCGCCCAAGGUAGAGAUGGUGAGAAUGGUGAAGACGGUAAAUCUGGUGUUCCUGUAAGUGCUCGUAUUCGUUUGAAGUUUGGCAUAGCCUUUUCGGCAUAUAAUAAUAGGAUUCUGUAUUUUCCAAAACUGAAAGAAAGAUGAAUCAUGAAAUUAUUGGAACAAGUUCAAAGUUUGGUAAAACUAUGAUAAUGAAACGACGUUCCAAUGAAUAUGAAAAAUAUUUUAAGGACGAAAGGGAAUAUGAAAAAUAUUUUAAGGACGAAAGGUGCUCUUCAAGGAGAAAAGAAAAAACUUUCUAGGAAACGAUUAUAUGAGAAUAAAGAUUUCGCUCUUUUCUAAUUUGUUGUUAUUUGCCUUGAGAUAUGCAUUUGUAUUGUGCGUUGUAAUGUUUUGUCUUAUUUUGCCCAUUUUUACGUGUAAAUACUUUAUUUUUCAUGUGUGUUUUACUAAUUAUACAAAAUGCUGUAUUAUAUCUUAUAGGGUGCACCUGGUAAUGCUGGAGCACGUGGCGAGAAAGGUUCCAGGGUAAGGUUAAACUUAUGCACACACGAAUAAGGCAAGGCGUAGUAGAAGGGGCUCAGGCUCCGAAAACGUUGUUCUCGGACUACAGGAUGUAUAAGAAAAACGGAAUCCUCGAUUCCAAUGUAAACACCAGGAAUAUAUCUGAAAAGUAAAACUUUAAUGUUUACAUUCAGUAUAAAGGUUAGGCAUUCAGUUUUCAACGAUUGGUUGCUUCUUAUAUUUGAACGAUCGGUUGGCGAAAAACAUUUUAGGUGACUGAGAUUGGAGAAAGAAAAAAUUGAGAUGUACAGUAAUAACAAAUGGAUACUUAGAAAAGUAAACUUAUUUUGUCACCAAAAUGAGAACAAAUUGAGCAUUUUGGAAAUAGUUCAUUAAAAUCUAGUAGCUACAGUUUUUAAGUUUGUAUACCAGCUGGCACUGGUAAUUUCUGUUUAUAGUACGGUACAACUGUAUACUCGACGACAUUAACCCUUAAAAUUAAAGGGAUAUGGCAAUAAAAAUAACUUUGUGUUAUUUGAGAGAACUUUUAAAGUUAUAUAUGAAGACCCUUUACAACUUUUUCGUACCUUGCUUGGUUUUCGAAAUAUUUGAACAAUAAUUGACCUAAUUAACUGAGUUUUUGAUGAUGUCACAAGCAGGGUAAACGUUAUUAAAACUUUUUCAUGUGAGACUAAAUUUCUUCGAAAAGUUUCUUAAAAUGUUGUGAGUUAUUGAGUACUAAAAAGACUUCGGAAAAUCGAGUUUCAUAUUGAUAAUGACAUGUGGUUUGCAAGAUAAAAAAUUCGCUUUUUACCUUACUUGUAACGUAUGCAUAUCGAACGCACAUCCAAGAUGGCGGAAUGCACGCUGCUUUUGAUCAAAAUAUUUUGAUUUAUUUCGAAAACCAAGCAAGAUACGAAUAAUUGUAAAUGAAGUUUAUAUAUCAUUUUAAAUGUUCUUUCAAAUAAGACAAAACUUAAUUUAUAUUGGCGAUGUCCUUCAAGUGGCGUUGCGGCCUGUAAUGUACCUUACUUUGUAACUAGGACUCGAUGGGCUUCUGCCGGCAAAAUUUUAUUUUGAUGAUCAGUUGUUUGGUGUGAAGAGUUUCAAAUAAAUAAUACGACCCCGACUAUAUUUUUUAUGUGUUAACACUGUUUUAACUAUUUUUGUCGUAAGGCAACAAAAGAAGAAUUUCAAACGUAACUAUGAAAAAAUUACGGCAUAUCUUAAUUAAAAUGAUGCUUUCUACUAAUUUCGUCUUUGCAGUUACUACGAUUAACACUUCUUAAUGACCCCUUCUCGAAGAGAAAAAUUCUUUUAAAAUAAGACCUAAAUAAUUUUAUAAGGUCUAGUAUUUCAAAAAAUUUUAACAUGCAAGACGGAUUCCAGUUUUUUACACCCUGUUGAUAAUAGACAACUUGCAUGUUAGACUAAUUUUUUAUUUAGGCUAAAAAAGUAAAUUCCCGUAAAGAACUUAUUAAAAUCAGUAAAAUUGCAAAAUUUGGUUACGAAAUGUUGUAAAAUACAGAAAAUAUAGCCUUGCGAAGUUUGCAUAUUUUCAGUAUGUUUGUAUUACGUGCGGAAAUUGUUACCAAUUUUUGAGCCGAAAAUGGUAACAAUUUCCGCACGCAAUACAAAUUACUGAAAAUAUGCAAACUUCGCAAGGCUAUAUUUUCUGUAUUUUACAACAUUUCGCAACCAAAUUUUGCAAUUUUACUAAUUUCAUUAUUUUCUUUUUAACUGUUGUGUUUUAUUCCCUUCUCUUUACAUAGAUUAAAAUUUAGUCUAACAUGCAAGUUGUCCAUUAUUAUUUUACUCUCUCUAACGCCAGGCGAUUUUACUCGUCAAAGGGAGAGUACUGCCACACAAUGGAUUAAUAUCAUUCUUAAUGUAACCUGACCCUGCAAUACAUGUAGUGUAUUAUUAUCUAAUGUGUUCUGUGUUCUAUAGGGACCACAGGGGCCUUCAGGUCGUAUGGGAUCACCCGGUUCAAGUGGUGGUCAAGUAAGUAACCGAUCUGUGUCUUUAAAUUUAUUAUUAUAGUCUCAUUUUUUGGUUUUCUGUGCGCACGAAAAUUGAAAUACCGAAGCAGAGAAUAUGGUAUAGGUCGUUCGUAAUUUGCCCCAAUUGCUGAUUGCAGAAAAUAGUUUGCAGAAAUAUUUAGUGAAAAGAUUGCCUUGUGGAAGUUACUGCCUAUUCUGCAUUUUCGUUUGUUCCUAGUGGCAGUAGUGCGGUAAAAACUAACCUCUGUACAAAUAUUGAAAAUGUAGAAUAGGCAGUAAAUGAAAUCAGGCUAACAGAGUAAAUACGUCGACAGACUUGUUUUGCUGCCAGCGAUUGAGGCAAGUUGCAAACGACCUACUUUAUUCUCAGAUUUUGCGAUUAACAACGUCGCGUUUAUAUAAUCCACUGUUAACUUUUGAAGUCAAAUUUCAACGUGAUAUGCGAAAUGUAAAAUUUGAUGGCAUACUUUUGUGUACAGAUAUGAUAAGAACCAUAAUCAAAGAAUCGAUACGUGGUUAAGUUGAACAGCGACAUUGCUCCAUAAUGGCCCUACUUUGUUAUUGUGCUCUGUCUUACGCCUGACGAUUUCACUCAUCAAGGGAGGUCUACCCAUGUGUCUUGUUAACCCUUUAUGUGGUUAAUGCGCCCUACGUUGUUAUUAUCGUUUAGAAAAUGUUCUGAUAGUUUUGCAUUUACCAUAGGGUGACCAAGGCUCUCGCGGAUCCAAGGGAGCGAAGGGACAAGUUGGAGAAAAGGUGAGAAUAUAAGAGAAGUUUGUAAAAGUAAAAGUAACUUAAGUGCUUAGUUGAGAGCGAGUGCGUCAAAAACGUAUGCAGCAAAGCAGAGCCGUACGCAAGAUUUUUUCACCAGGGGGGAAAGUGAUACCUGGUAUGCUUGAAGUACUAUUUAAAGCACGCGUAGGAGUGUUUUAUCAGAUAUAAAAUGCGAGGCGCAGCCGAGCGUUUUAUAUCUGAAAAACACGACUACAAGUGCUGCUUGGCCCCCGUUGCGCACGAUCCUGGAGCUAAGACGUAAAAGAGUGCGUGUUUUUAAAUGUGUUACAAAGUAGUGUAACAAGAAGAAGAUGUGUUUUUAUCUGAGCGUGUUUUAAUGCAUUGCAACACGUUAUUCUCUGAAUUUCUCUCACGAUUUUGAAUUCAUAAGGAUGCUUUUUUAAGUCUUGCAAAAUAGGAGCACUGACAAACGUUCCACGUGUAUCUAAGCAUGUGUUUAAGACCUUAAAUACUAUAACUACUGUAUAACGAAACAUUACUGUAACUAUAACGAAACACUAUUUCUUUUUUAGGGAUCAGUUGGUGACCGCGGUUCUCCUGGCGAUAAAGGAAGAGCGGGUAAAAAUGUAAGUAUAUAUUGUAGCUGUUUCAAUGUUUCAAUAUGAUAUCACACUAAGGGUGGGGGCAGUGGCGUAGCUACUACUACUACUAGUGGCGGACCCGGAAUCUCCAACACCAAAUGCCCAAAUGGGAACCCCCAGGAUCAGGCUGUGGAUUCUGAUGUUUUUAUGUCGUUUUCUGACUGUCAGAAUUCUGUAAAAUCUUCCCCAAAGUCCAGGAAAUGGCAUUUCAGAGACUGCAGAUUUAAAAAAUUUGCUCGACUCGUACAGUACCUUUGGCACUCGUACUAUUUUAUACCACCACCCCCUGGAAAUAACGUUAUGCCAUUGGGUGGGGGGCACCCAGGAAGGGUGGUGGGGUGGGGGCGAAGCACUUUUAUCCUACGGUUAAUAUGAUUAUAGUUUGUAUAUAGUUCGUGAACCUCUUAGAAACUUUCUUUCACUACAUAGUACAGUGAAUGUGUAAGGGAGUUCAGACGGGGGUAUUCUUUCUUUAUUUCUUGUAUCCCUAUCAAUCCGAAGCUUUCUUACAAUUUUAUAAAGAACAACCAAAAUUUACAUUGCCAGAAAUAAGAAUGUGAUACCCAUGCUUUUAACUACUCUGAAUUUUCCCAUUUUUGCAGGGGGAUGCCCCCAACCUGGCUACCUGUACGACCAUAUUACUAUCAGUGGUGUAGUGGAGGGGGGCUCAGGGCCUCCCUUGCUAAAAAUUGUGGUGGUGCUCAGCCCCCCAUAAGAUUUUUGCAAGACUGAAAUAGUCUUUGAAAAUAUAACACAUCUUUACUAAGUUAUAAUAUUGGGCAUUAUUCUACAAUUAAAACACAACUACUAUUUCAAUUUAUUUCUAUUCGAUUUUUAAGGUCACACUAGUAAUGCUAGUUUUCCUUAUAUCCAGGAUAGUAUUCUGACAAAUGAGCCCUCCAGUGAUUGUACUGAUUUUCUUGUUUUAAAACAUCACUUAAAUCGUUUAUAGGAGACCCUAGAAUAAAACAUUCUUGUGGUUCAUGCCUCAAGGUCUCCCUAGAUGAGCCCUCUUCGUUAAAAUGUUAGGACUACACCACUGAUUACUAUAAAAAUGUUCAUGGUUGAUCUUUGUAUUUAAUAGGGUUUAACUGGUGCACGGGGUGAUCCAGGCGUAGUUGGCCCAGAUGGUCCAGAG